AUGCGUAGCACAAGCAGCGGCAAUUACUAUAAUGUACCGAUAUCAGUCGAUGCAAUGACCAGCUGUGAACUUGCCCCCGACACGGCGUCAUUCGAACAUAAGACUAUGGCCACAGCCUGGGGUACUACGAAUAUGCGCCGCCUGCUCGUUGAGUCCAAGCGUCGCAAUCUCAAUGCCGCGUUGGACAGUGUCACACCCUCUAAAGACCCACACACUUUUCGACCGACCUUUGCAUUUGACCUCAACAUGAUCGUGGCUUCGCUCACUAAAGGUUCCGAUACCUUAAGCAACAAUUCGUCUAUUUCAUCGCUACGUAGUCAAGUCGAGCCCGUCCCUGAGCCGGAAAUCUCGCGAAUACCUGUUCCAUCUGAAGCUGCAGCACCUCAACAACGCGGGCGGCGAGGAGCACUUUCAGGCGAAGAUGAGCUUGCUCGCUCGUAUGCGCCGUCCAGUUCUACCACCCCUGAAAAUAGCAUUAUCACAUAUAGUCUCAACAAGCGAAAACAGAAGCGGUUGGCGGCAAAGGCGUUGGCUGCUGCUUCUUUAAAUGGUCCAAACUUUGAGGUGGCCGUUGUAGACGCCGGUAAUGAACACCAACCACACUACGCUUCGCGUUAUGUACCUAAUUACCAGGCAGACGCGACAACGGUCAUCGCAUCACGCACUCGGGAGCCUUCAUUGGAUCAGCAGAUUUACGCGCUAUAA